UCGGUAUAACUAAAAAACAAGAGUUUUGCUCAGUCGACGGUGCGAAGUGGCUGAUAUUAGAUAUAAUGAAAUAAAAUAUAAAAAACAGAAACAUAUUAAAAUUUCAUAGCAAACGAACAUAUCUCGAGUGUAGUUUCAGUCACCAUGGAAGUUAAAUGUGAUGCUCCGAUUAAAAAGCCGAAUUCACUACUUGGCAUUAGACACCUACAGGCUUUAAUGUUAUUUCUGGCACUUUUGCUGGCAUUUGCGAUGAGAGUGAAUAUUAGCAUGGCUAUAGUCGCUAUGACUGACAAGGAAACAGAAAAUGCCUUCGAUUGGAGCAUACAAACUCAGAGUGUUAUUCUGUCAUCGUUCUUCUGGGGUUACAUUGUAUUGCAAGUGCCAGGUGGUGAAAUGGCUGCCAGAUUUGGUGGAAUGAUUCUAAUAACUCUGUGUGUCGGUAUCAAUUCUGCUGUUUCAUUGAUUUUACCCAUAGGAGCUUACUAUGGAGGCUGGCAACUGGUUUGCGCUUGUCGAGUUGUGCAAGGAUUGUCUCAAGGCUUCAUUUUCCCUUCAAUCCAUCACUUGAUAGGGAAGUGGGUUCCUCUGGAGGAGAAAAGCAGAUUAGGCACGAUAAUAUAUGCUGGUGCGCAACUAGGAACAGCUAUACAGCUGAUGAUAUCAGGAUUUCUCGCUGAUUACUGGGGAUGGCCUUCAAUAUUUUACACAAAUGGUGUUGUUGGUGUAAUAUGGACUGUUGCUUAUAUUUUCCUGGGUGCCGCUACACCAAGCACUUCAAAAAUGAUCAGUCCACAAGAAAGAAUGUACAUCGAAAGCUCACUGGGACAUAUUGGAGGUGCAAAUAAGAAAUUGUCAACUCCUUGGAAAGCGAUAUUUACAUCUUUGUCUUUCAUUUCGCUCAUCAUAGCACAUUGUGGACAAAAUUGGGGUUUCUGGACCCUAAUGACUGAGAUACCCUCUUACAUGAAACAAGUUUUGGGAGUGGACAUUAAAGCGAAUGGAGUAAUGUCAGCUUUGCCGUAUCUCGCCAUGUAUUUAUUAAGCUUCCCAUUAGGAUUCCUCUCAGAUUACAUACUAAAGAAGAAAUGGUUGAGCGUCACUGCUAGUAGGAAGCUGUCUAAUUCUCUUGGACAUUAUGGCCCUGCUGUAGCUCUUAUCGGUCUCUCGUAUGUGCCUGCGGGUAAUGUGGUCGUCGCCGUCGCCGUAUUAACAGCAGUCGUUGGACUCAACGCAGGCCACUACACUGGAUAUUUGCUGGUUCAUAUUGAUAUGGCUCCAAACUUUGCUGGAACGAUGAUGGGUAUAACAAAUGCAAUAGCUAAUGUCAUAUCUAUAAUUGCACCGCUUGUUGCUGGUGUUUUGUUGAAUGAUGAGACUGAUGCCCAGGAAUGGAGGAAAGUAUUUUACCUUUCGUCGGCUAUCUACAUUGUUUGUAACACAUUCUUUGUCAUCUUCGGGUCCUCCAAAAGACAAAAAUGGAAUGAAGUGGAAGAAUCUAAAGACGACGAACGAAAUAAAAAUUGAGUUCACUAACUAGUCAAUUGUGUGUUGUGCAAUAAUAUUUAUUAAUAGAUAAUAAGAAUUCAUGAAACAGUCGAUAAAUAUUUAUAUUUGAGUAAAGCAUGGUUUUAGUAAUAAUACUGUUAUGAUUAUAUAUGUUGACAUUAUAUAUACAUAUACACAGUAAGGGAGGACAUUAAAAUUAACUAGGCAGCUUUCUUCAUAACUUUGACACUAAUAAUAUUUUACUAUGUAUUUACUAAAAUGCUCCUAAUUUAUCACUAAGAGUGCCCGAGCAAUCAAUAAUGUCCUGAUAUCCAUUAAAAUUUGGCACUAAAUCUCUAGCCAUUAUUUUAGGUCUUGGCCACGGGGCUGCAAGGAUUAAUUGACUCGAUGUACUUUGAUUGGCCAGUUAGUUAAUCUAUAUUGUUUAUCAUAUUAAGACAAAACGACCAGAUAUUAUACUAAUCAUGAAAUAAAAAACGCAAGUUGAAGUUUCUGCUUGAUAAUGGUUUACCAAUUGUUUUAAGUAUCUUCAUCAUAUAUCUAGUGAAAUUAUUUGAACAUAAAUUAUUUCUAUUUUAUCAUCAGGUAAAUAAGGCGUGUCUAUUAAUAAUGGUAUUAUAAAAUUAUUAUACGAUAUCUAUACACACACAUAUAUAUAUAUAUAUAUGUAUAUAUCUGUCUUUGUGUGUGUGUGUGUUUUUGCAUAAAAAAAAUUAUGAAUCCUCGAUUAUUUCAUAUGUUUACAAUGAUGACUGUGAUUAGUUUAUUAGUCUAUAUAGUCAAAGUUGUGCAACAAAAAGACCAAUUGUCGAACAAACUACAACAAAAGCAUGGAUCGAUCAAAGAUGUGGUUGCAGUUUAGUUCUGUAUGAAGACAUUUUACAUGAAAAAGAAACUUAUACGCGUAAAAGAUAUCUCAGAAAAAUAAAUAGACAGAAUAACAAAUAAAGCUUGGUUGUAAAAUUUAA